CUCAGGGUUCAUUGGGGCUAGAAGCAAAUAAUUUAUCGAACCCUAAUUGUCCCCCGUGCUUGCAAAAUUCAGAAGCGAUGGCUCAAACUCAAACCACAGAGGGAGCUUCCCAAGUCGUUAAAUCCGUUAGAUUUAGCUUCAUGACAGAACAAGAUGUCCAAAAGCACAGUGUUCUUAAAGUUACAAACCCUGUCUUACUCGAUACCGUUGAGAGACCUGUCCCUGCUGGUCUCUAUGAUCCUCUUAUGGGUCCGUUUGACAAUACAACACCUUGUGAAACAUGUAGUCGGACCAGACUAUUUUGCCCAGGACAUUGUGGGCAUAUCGAGCUUGUCUAUCCUAUUUACCACCCUUUACUAUUUAAUCUUCUUUACACCAUUUUGCAAGGGACUUGUUUCUGUUGUCAUCACUUUAUGAAUGGGAUUGUGGUUGACGGAUGUGUUUCUCAGUUGAAACUUCUCAUUAAAGGUGAUAUAGUUGCUGGAAAACAGCUUGGUACUGAUCAAGACACGGAAUCCUCAGAAGAAUGUGAAGAUUCUGACAUGAGAAGGCAGAGGUGGACAUCUCUUCAGUUUGCUGAGUUCACUCGCCUCAUGAAUAAAAAUCUGAGGUUGAAAUCAUGGAAGUGUAAAUAUUGCGGAGCAGAAGCUUAUAAACUAGAGAAGCCUAUGUUCGGAUGGGUUCGCAAGGUAUGUCCUCUUAAAAAAGGGAAAUCUUCGGAAGCAGCUAAAGAGUUUCCAAAACACAAGAAAAUGAUCAAAACAGACGACGUUUGGCCUAGUGAGGUCAAGGAAAUAUUAAAAGAUUUGUGGAGAAAUCACCCUGAGUUUUGCUCCUUCAUUGGUGAUCUUUGGAAGAGUGGAUCUGAAAAAAAUGACUACUCUAUGUUCUUUAUGGAGAGUGUUGUUGUGCCUCCUCCUAAAUUUCGACCUCGUACAGAAGGAGGUGAUAGCGUUAUGGAACAUCCUCAAACCGUAGGGCUAGCUAAGGUCUUACAAUCAAAUAUAGCCCUUGAGAAUGCUCGUGCUAACCAAUUAGAGAAAUUGAAUAUAGUUUCCAGAUGGAUGGAUCUCCAAGAAUCAGUCAAUGUGUUGUUUGAUAGCAAAACUUCAUCAGUUAAAAGUCAGAGAGAUGAGGGGACUGGAAUAUGUCAAGUGCUGGAGAAGAAAGAGGGUUUAUUUCGGCAAAAUAUAAUGGGAAAGAGAGUGAAUCAUGCAUGCAGAUCUGUGAUAUCUCCAGAUCCUUAUAUCGCUGUCAAUGACAUUGGGAUUCCUCCUUGUUUUGCUUUGAAUUUGACCUAUCCUGAGAGGGUGACUCCUUGGAAUGUCGAAAAGUUGAGGGAGGCUAUCAUUAAUGGUCCCGACAUUUAUCCGGGAGCAACACUUUACUCUGACAAAGAGUCUACAAGGAAGCUGCCUGAAUGCAGAAAAGCACGAAUCGCAAUUGCAAGAAAGUUACCGUCCUCACGAGGAGUCACUACAAAACUUGGGAAGACUUGUGAUGUCAACUCUGAAUGUAAAACUGUCUAUAGACAUAUGCAAGAUGGUGAUGUCGUCCUUGUAAAUCGUCAGCCAACAUUACAUAAGCCUAGUAUAAUGGCUCACAUAGUCCGUGUUCUUAAGGGGGAGAAGACACUUCGUCUCCACUAUGCAAAUUGCAGUACAUACAAUGCAGAUUUUGAUGGGGAUGAGAUGAAUGUGCAUUUCCCACAAGAUGAGAUUUCACGAGCUGAGGCCUACAAUAUAGUCAAUGCCAACAACCAAUAUGCAAGGCCUUCUAAUGGUGAUCCACUUCGAUCUUUAAUCCAGGAUCAUAUAGUCAGUUCGGUUUUGCUCACUAAAGGGGACACGUUUUUGGACAAAGAAGAAUUCAAUCAGCUUCUUUUUAGUUCUGGCGUGACUGACAUGGUGCUGCAAUCUUUCUCUGGAAGAUCUGGCAAGAAAGUCAUACAAUCUGGUUCUAAUACAGAGCUGUUGACUGUCACGCCUGCUAUUAUAAAACCAGUACCUCUUUGGACUGGAAAGCAGGUCAUCACUUCAGUGUUGAAUGAGAUAACCAAAGGUCAUCCACCAUUCAGCGUAGAGAAAUCUACCAAACUUCCUGUUGACUUCUUCAAAUGUAGAUCCAACAAAAAGAAGAAAGACAUUGAGAAGUCAUCGAAACAUGAUUUUAAUGAAGAUAAGUUGCUCAUCAGGAAAAAUGAAUUUGUCUGCGGUGUGAUUGACAAGGCUCAGUUUGCAGACUAUGGGUUGGUUCAUACGGUGCAUGAGCUCUAUGGUUCUAAUGCUGCAGGAAACCUUCUUUCUGUUUUUAGUCGUCUCUUCACUGUCUUCCUUCAGAUUCACGGUUUCACCUGUGGAGUUGAUGAUCUUAUUAUUUUGAAAGAUGUGGAUGAAGAGAGGACGAAGCAACUUCAAGAAUGUGAAGGGGUUGGUGAAAAAGUACUCCGUAAGACCUUUGGCAUCGAUGCUAAUGCUCAGAUAGAUCCUAAGGACAUGAAAUCCAGAACUGAGAGAAUUCUUUACGAGGAUGGAGAACCUGCGUUGGCAUCUUUGGACAGGAGCAUCGUCAGUGAGCUCAACCAGUGUUCAGGCAAGGGGGUGAUGAACGAUUUGCUCUCUGAUGGGUUGCUGAAAACACCUGGAAGGAAUUGUAUAUCUCUAAUGACAAUAUCCGGGGCUAAGGGCAGUAAGGUUAACUUCCAACAAAUAUCUUCUCACCUUGGCCAGCAAGAUUUAGAAGGAAAAAGAGUUCCCCGAAUGGUUUCAGGGAAGACAUUACCUUGCUUCCAUCCAUGGGACUGGUCGCCUAGAGCUGGAGGUUUUAUUAGUGACAGAUUCCUUAGUGGUCUCCGGCCACAAGAGUAUUACUUUCAUUGUAUGGCUGGACGAGAAGGGUUAGUUGAUACAGCAGUGAAGACAUCACGUAGUGGGUAUCUGCAGAGAUGUUUGAUGAAAAAUCUCGAGAGCCUGAAAGUCAACUAUGAUUGUACUGUCCGGGAUGCUGAUGGGUCCAUCAUUCAGUUCCAAUAUGGUGAAGAUGGUGUGGAUGUUCAAAAGUCUAGCUUCAUUGAAAAAUUCAAAGAACUUACACUAAAUCAAGAUAUGAUCUUUCAAAGAUGCAGUGAAGACAUGCUAUCUGGAUCCAGUAGUUACAUUACUGAUCUGCCUAUCUCUCUUGAGAAGAAAGCUGAGAAGUUUAUAGAGUCAAUGCCUAUGAAUGAACGUAUUGCUUCUAAAAUGGCGAGACAAGAAGAUCUACUGAAGCUGGUGAAAUCAAAAUUCUUUGCAAGUCUAGCCCAGCCAGGGGAGCCUGUAGGUGUACUUGCUGCACAAUCUGUAGGAGAGCCAUCAACACAGAUGACAUUGAAUACUUUCCAUCUUGCUGGACGUGGAGAAAUGAAUGUGACACUAGGAAUCCCACGUUUACAAGAGAUAUUGAUGACUGCUUCUGCAGACAUUAAGACACCCAUCAUGACUUGCCCUUUGCUCAAGGGCAAAACAAAGGAUGAUGCAAUUCAUGUUACUGAUAAAUUAAGGAAGAUUACGGUAGCAGAUAUUAUAAAGAGUAUGGAAGUGUCCGUUGUACCAUUUGCAGUACAUGAUGGUAAAGUUUGUGGUACUAAAGGAAAAAGAAAAAGAAGAGAAGUUUGUAGUAUUCACAAGCUUAAGAUCAAUCUGUAUAAGCCAGAUCAUUAUCCCAAGCACACUGAUAUUACUUAUGAGGAUUGGGAAGAGACGAUGAAGGUUAGGUUUUUGAGGAAGUUGGAAGAUGCUAUAAAGACUCACAUGAAAAUGCUUUGUAGAAUCAGAGGCAUAAAGGCUAAGAAAAAAGCCAGUCCAAAAGCUGGAAAUGAUACGGUUAAUGAUGAUUCCGCUAGUGGAAAGCAGACUGAAGAUGAUGAUAAUGAUAAUGAAAAUGAUGAUGAGGGUACAGAGGUUGAUGACCUUGAUGCAGAGAAAGGGAAGAAGCAAGAAGCAGAUGAGCAGGAUUAUGAGGAAAGUUCUGAAGAUGAUGAUGAUAAUGAUGAUGAUGCAGAGAAACUGAAGAAGCAAGAAACAGAUGAGCAGGAUUAUGAGGAAAGUUCUGAAGAUGAUGAUAAUGAUGCUGAUGAUGAUGAGGGUACAGAGAGUGAUGAUGAUGCAGAGAAGCUGAAGAAGCAAGAAGCAGAUGAGCAGGAUUAUGAGGAAAGUUCUGAAGAUGAGAAGAAGGAACCAUGUUCAACUAGUGGAGUAGAUGAUAACCCUGAGAUGGACAGUGAGGAUAAGAGCAAGGAAGAGACUCAUGAGCCACAAAAGAAGAAGAAGAAGAAGAGAGAGAGAUUUGUUAGACAUAAGAAGGACAGACAUAUCUUUGUGGAAGGCAAAGGAAAAACAUUUGAGUUCCAUUUCAAGUUUCGUUCAAAGCAUCCUCAUAUCUUACUUGCCCCGGUUGCUCAGAAGACAGCACAGAAGGUUUACAUCCAGAACUAUGGGAGAAUCGAACGGUGCACAGUAGCUAACUGUGGUGAUCCUCAAAUGAUAUACUAUGGAGACAAACCAAAGGAGAGAGAAGACAUCUCCAACGAGGAAAAGAAAGCCUCACCAGCUGUCCACGCAUCAGGAGUUGAUUUUUCUGGUAUCUGGGAGCUCCAAGAUAAGCUUGACAUCAGAUACUUGUACAGCAACAGCAUUCACGACAUGCUAAACACUUUUGGAGUUGAAGCGGCAAGAGAGACUAUAAUCAGAGAAAUAAACCACGUUUUCAAAUCAUACGGUAUAUCAGUAAGCAUCAGACAUUUGAACCUCAUUGCAGAUUACAUGACGUUUUCUGGUGGAUACCGUCCAAUGAGCCGUUUUGGAGGGAUUGCAGAGUCAACUUCUCCGUUCUGUAGAAUGACAUUUGAAACAGCUACUAAGUUUAUUGUCCAAGCAGCUACUUAUGGAGAAGUGGACUGGCUAGAAACUCCCUCGGCUAGAAUAUGUCUUGGUUUGCCGGCACUUUCGGGAACUGGUGGCUUUGACUUGUUACAGAGAAUAGAGGUCUGA